UGCCGAUUUCCGCGGUGCCGAGCGGAUCUACACGGGACACAAGGUGUGGGGGAACGAGACGGAACGGCGGGAGGACAGCUUCGGGGACUACAUCGGGCGGGUGGAGGUGGCGGAUCUGGACAAACCCGCCAUCAAGAUCAGCGGCAUCAAGAGUACUUUGCGCGUUACUGGUGUACCGUAGCGGAGUGGGGUGUGCGUACGGAGUUCGGAGUGGACGCCAAGUCAGUUCUGCUGACUGAAACUGGCCAUUCCAUGGUACAUCCCAUUUACAUUUCCGUUUCCGGUGAGAAGGAAGUGGAGGAAGGUGGUGACGUAGAGAUGACGUGUCAGUGUCAAGGUUGCUUCUACCCAACAUUCGAAUGGUUCAAGGGCCCGGCGUUUGCCGGAAGUGAGUGGGCGACGACCGGAAAUUACACCCAUAUCGCAUCCAAGGAAUAUUUUGGCAUCAUGGGAUUUGUAGACCUAGAGAUUGAGGAUGGAUUUGGCCAGUUCAGCGUGACGCCAUCCAAUUCCCUCCGUCUGACCGGGGCACAGGUGACCGACGCCGGAAGGUACUGGUGUAAGGUGACGAGCGGUGGAAUUGCGGACAUCAAGGCCACCGUGCUGAAGGUCAAAGUGCCGGAGUUCACCUGUGCCGGUAAGGCUGACGGGUACUACCCAGACCCGGAGGACUGCGCCAUGUACUACCAGUGUCUGUACGGCUUCCCCCAGCCCUUCCACCGCCCGUGUGGGUACGCCGGUAUGGUCUUCAACCCGGAGCACCUGUACUGCGACUGGGCCUUCAACGUGGGACCGCCAUGUGGGAGCAGGGCUUAGAUCAACGACCCUCCCUUCACCUCUGAUGAACACUGACGUCAUCAAUGGUUGACGUCCCAUAUGGCUGACGUCACUAAACCACAGGAGCAAACGUCAUCACUCCAGUUAAUCAGAAACAACAUUGUUCUGUUCAUAUUUUGAUAAGCUUCUGUUUUAGUUGCAUUUAGAUAAAGUCGCUUGCUACGACGACAACUCAUAUCGUGAUUACAUUUAAAUAAGCAUUAAAUAAUGCCUCAGUGACAAUCGUUUUCUUUUU